UCAAAAAAAGCAGAACCGCAGGGUCGAAAACCCCACCGAAACGAAAAGCACUUUUCACAAUAUAUUGUGAAAAAAUUAUAAUUCACAUUCGACCUCUUCUUCUUCUUCCCGGAGUGCUCAGCCGUUUUUGGCUUCUUCUUCUUCUUUGGCGUGUACGAUGCUGUCAGAAAGUUUAACAACAAAAGUUUAUUUUGAUUCGCGCCCACGCACAGCUGGGAAAAUCUUCUCCCAAUAACCCCCUCCCCACGUCGAGUGGUUUCGGGGUUGUUAGGUGCAGUUGUUGUUAUGAUUUUGUUCCAUCUUGCCUUGCCAUCCGUUUCCAUUCGGUGAAACAUGGUUUGCAGUAAAUAAGUCGUUACAGGAGAGCAUGCAGAGCCCGCCCGUUGAGUCAUUAGCGACCUCCUUCCGCCGGACCUGGAGCCCCGUUUGAUGGGCAAUGAUAUUUCACAAGCUCCACUGGAAGGAAAGGGUUGCGUCACCGGAGUCUAAAACACCCGCUCCUUGUAAUAUGCUGUGACCACCGGAACGGUGGUAUCCUUUGUCAAUUAGCAACCGUAACGCUGAACCGCGCUGCACGUGAGGGAGGCCGAGAGAUUGGAACAGUUAUUUUUGUAAAACCACGAAGAAAACAGGAUGGACGUCCCGGCCGAAGAGUGGAUCGAGCGGGCAAGUGAGAACAUGAAAAAGUUUCUCAACCGCGGUGGUGCUUGCCGUGGCGAUGAACCGCAAACGCUGAGCGGUGUCGCACUGGCCAACACGCUCGGUUAUGCGCUCAAUCUGACGAUGAAGGAUCCGAACACGUGGACCGAUGAUGAGCUGCAGCAGGAGUACGAGGAGGAGCUGUGCUUUUACGAUGAAGAAUCACGCAAAACGAUCGAUAAGCUAACGCAGCAAAUGUACCAUCAGGGAUCGGUGGUCCCGGAAGAGCCGUGCCACUUGACGAUCCUGCCGAUCGAGCUGUACGCCGAGGGGAAGCUGUACGAGGUGGCACUGUUCCGCUAUCAGUUUGGUGAGCUGCAAGCCACGGAACCAAAGUACGUGGAUUCGUACGGUCGCGUGUACGAGAGCUUUCGGGACUUUUUGCGCAACAACAAGUACCCAUCGGCGGAGAUGAUGUAUCCGGAGGAGGGCCGACUGGUGGCGACCGGAGAGAAGAAGACGGUGGUGUACGGUGUCGGUCGAACGCCGGCCUGGAAAGCGUACUACCUGAAGGCACUCGACAUCGCUACAGGAAUCAUCGGAGUGGCCGGUGCAACGGGUGCCAUCUUUCUUUCCGGUGGCAUUGCGACACCGUUCGUGGCGGCCAGCAUCGGUUCGGCACUGUACGCGACCGGCCGUUCGAUCGAUGUGCUCCGGGAUAAGAGCGCCCAUCAGGAAUCGUUGAAUCCGUUUCUCGAUUCCGAAUCCCGUACGGCUUGGCUUAGCCUUACCGCGCACGUGCUCACCUUCGGUACGAUGCCACACAUUUCAGCCCUCUCGGGAGUGGCCUCAACGAGCCACAGUAUUGCGACCGGGUUCAAGGUUUGCAAUUUCAUCAACGAAACAGGCAACAUCAUCAGCGAUCUGGUGAUUUGCGAUACACUGUCGGCGAUGCAUUCAAACUUCUACAACGCGUCGAUCGAAACGCGGCUAGCGCAUGCGGCCUCGAUCUGCUUCUGGACGAAAACGAUCAUCAGCAUCCGGCAGGCGGAGCUGAUGAUGAAGAACAAUGCGAUCGUCGCGCUGAAACUGUUCGGGUUUGAGGAUCAUCUGUGCGAGUACUUUAACAACGAUUCCCGUGCGAUCGAUAUCGGGCUGCGGAUUGUGAAACAUUCGCUCGCGGCCAACAAUCUGAUUGCGUCCGAUCCGGCCGAUCACGGCUCGAUACGGAUCGAUGGGUUGCGGUUCACCAUUCGCUCCCUGCUGGCCCUUGAGCCACCGGAAGUGGAACGACUGUUCGAGUUCCUCCAGGGUAUCUGUAAUCCAGCGGAUGAGCAGCUGUUUGACGAAAUUCGUGAGCUGGUCGAGCUGGUGCAGAAGGAUGGUGCUAAAGAGCCUGCUGCGGAUGGCCAGCUGGCUAGUAUCGUACGCUUGCUGGCUAGUGAAGCGGAUCGGGAUGAACUGUCGCCCGGAACGAUGAUGCAAAUGUUACUUCAAACGUACGCUUUCGUACGGCGCUGUGAAAAGGCAUUCGACUGGCAGGGCGGCGGUACCUCAUUCCGCCUAUCGCCGAUCGAUGGUAUUCGCGUGGGUCGUGGGCUAUGGAUGGAGCUUACCGUUGCCUACAUAGCGUUCGCGUUGAAGCUACCUUCUCCGCCAAGCACCAGCAGUGAAUCGCAAGGUGAUGAUGGGGAUUCGGGGACCACUGUGAGCGAUCGGGAACGCGAUCGUUUAAUGCGCGUCCUGUUGGAGCUGUCGGCGGACCAGUGCGCAAAGUUAACGCAAACGAUCCGCGAUAAUCCAGAAUUUCUUGCGAAGCUAACGCAACAGCCUCACCACGGUGACCAACCGGAAGAUGGGGAAUCUCGCGCACCGAAACCGACGGAUGAGGAUGGGGAGCGAAAGCUGCUCGACCAGUUGAGGAAAGACGUUUUAGCUGUGUGUAAUUGAAAUUAGAAAUUGUUGAAAGCAACUGUGGGCCCAGCGGCAGUCUGCAUCCUAGAACACUUUUUGAAAGUUAGCAAACAACACAUAUCAUCUGAUCUGAGUGAAAUUAGCAAAUUCAUACAAUCCCAUUGGUAAGGUGUGCAGUGCAGCGCGCCGAUAACAAAAAGAAAAACAAUUAGUAAGUAACGUAAACCACACAAAACAAAGCAAUCAUGCCAGCUUUUGUAGAGAGAACAAACCUAUAUCGAUAUAUACUUAUAUACAUAUAUAGAGAACGUUUAUAAGUAGAAGCAGCGAAAGCUGUAACCAACUAGCGGAAAUGGUAGCAAUAACAAAACUAGUUAAAAGUCAUCUGGCGAAGCCAGGAAAGAGAGGACAGACGGGAAAAAAACCAAAAAGGCGUAACUAACACAUAUCAUCUUUACAAAGCAAUGAAUGCAUGAUGAACCAGGUAGAGCAAAGUAUAUACAAUUCAAUUUUUAAAAAUAUUAAAAAACACACAGUUUAUUCCACAAUAGCUCGAUUUUAAAAAAAAUUAGGAGAACAACAUCACACGUACCACACACAGCAGAUGAUACAAAAUGCAUUGAAAACACGUGCUUCCUUGUCGGUCGAUUAAGCGAGUCUCACACCUAAGCCCUCACACCGCGCAGCAGAGGGCCGGUCUCUUUUCCUAUUCACCAUUCGGUUUUCCAUAUGCUAAUCGAGUAUCCAUUUAGCAUUGUCGGCACACCGGAACUGCUACUACUACCUGAUCUCUAGCGACACCGAUCGCAGCCCGGCCCAGCCCCUGGAGUCUCUUUUUUAGCACACUUUCUGGAUCUUUACUUUUUUGCUAUCCUUUUCUACGGACGGAUUUCGCGAAUGAGCGCGCUUGUUGCGAAUGAGUGAACGACAGAAGAGAAAACCUUGUUCCCGAAAUUUAUGAUAUACACAGUUCUGAUGAAAUGAUAGAUUGGAUGAAUUUAAAACGCAAGUAACGACGAAGUACAUGCAAGUGCCGAAAGGAAGGGGACGGGGGAAGGGUACUAGGAGGGUACUACUACAGAACACACAUAUUUUAUACAGAAGAUUGUUUGAAGAAAAACAAAGUUUAAUAGUGCGAAGCUUGGUAGGUUUUUAUAUAAAUUGUUAUUCAAAUCGUGAAACGGAAAACGAAAACAACACACGGCUAAACACCAAACAGUGGAAUAGAACGUAUGUCUAGGAUGUAGAGGAACUUAUGAGUGCGUGUUGUAACUUAGCGGUUAUCGUAUGUAGUAGGAAUAUGCAUA